UAUUCGUAGCAAAAAGCAAUCUUAAAAAUUUCUUUGCCCACCAAAUCCCGGAGGAGCGCGUGUCUUGCACGAGCUAUCAACCGCCGGUCGCUUCCUCCGUACUUCUUCUUUACUUCCACUCCUGUUCCGACCAGGACUCCCUCUCUCUCUCUCUCUCUCUCUCUCUCUCUCUCUCAAAGUUCUUUGCUUUACCACUCAUAAAGCUAAUUUUACCAUAAUAGCAAAAGCAACAAUGUUUGAGAAAACCAAGAAGCACAAGGUCUCCAUCAGCGAGGAAGACACCUCCACUCUCCUGCAAAGGUAUACGGCGACGACGGUGCUGGCGUUGCUUCAGGAGGUGGCGCAUUGUGCGGACGCGAAGAUCGACUGGGAAGCGUUGGUGAGGAAUACUUCAACUGGGAUUUCUGAUGCUAGGGAGUAUCAGAUGCUAUGGCGCCAUUUAGCUUAUCGCCACGCUUUGCUCGAUGAGUUCGAAGACGGGGCUCAGCCUCUGGAUGAUGAUAGCGAUUUAGAAUAUGAAGUUGAAGCUUUUCCAACUGUUAGCGGUGAAGCUUUGAUAGAGGCUGCAGCGUGUGUGAAGGUACUAAUUGCUUCUGGUUUACCAAGUGAUUCUAAUCUCCCAAACAGCUCAACAGUUGAGGCUCCAUUAACUAUAAAUAUACCUAAUGGCCAAUCAUCUAGAGCUCCUUUAGAAAAUUCAGAAGCCACUUCUUCGAUGCAAGGGACAAACAUUACAGUUCCCGUUUCUGUUCAGAAACAACCCCUUCCUGCAGCUCCCCCUGCUGAAGUAUUGGAUGCAAAUGGAUCAGCCAAUGGCAACAUACCUCCUCGGAGGAAAAGAAAACCAUGGUCAGAGGCAGAGGAUUUGGAACUGAUUGCUGCUGUGCAGAAAUUUGGUGAAGGAAAUUGGGCAAAUAUUUUAAGGGGAGACUUCAAGGGUGAUAGGACUGCUUCACAGCUAUCUCAGAGGUGGGCCAUUAUUAGGAAGCGACGUGGAAACUUGAAUGUGGGACCCAAUUCCACUGGCUCACAACUUUCUGAGGCACGGCGAGCAGCUCAUCACGCAAUGUCCCUAGCCCUGGAUAUGCCAGUUAAAAACUUAGCAGCUCGUGCUGUUGGCACAAGUACGACCAGUAACUCUGUGCCUUCUACUACAACUGCUGAAGCUACUGUGUCUGGCAGUAGCUCUAUACAAGCCCAAGACCAGUCUCAACAAGGCGUCAUCCCUACAAAAUCACCUCCUGUGGGAUUGUUGGGUUCCACAGCAAAACCCUGGGUAUCGUCAAAACCCCCUUCAACAAUGCCUACUAUUGGCUCAGAUUCGGUGUUAAGAGCGACUGCAGUUGCUGCUGGUGCCCGCAUUGUCUCUCCAUCAGAUGCUGCAUCAUUUAUCAAGGCUACUCAGGCAAAGAAUGCUGUCCUUAUCAAACCCCCAGGUGGUUCUUCAACCAAAUCGUCCAUUCCUGGCCUUGGAGCCACACCAUGUUCCUCCCAUCCUGCUGUCAUUGUCACACCUACUGCUUCACAUCCUGGUUCAGGAAAUGCUGCCUCGCCAACAGUUCAGCAUACUCCGUCCGCAUUUGCCACAUCAUCGAAUAUGUCAUCUGAACAGACUAAUGCUGUUAGCUCUAGUCUUCCCUGUGAACUUCUGCCAAAACAAGAGGCUAAGACUGCAGAAGAGAUCAAAGUUUCACAUCCCAGUUCAGGAAAAGCUGCCUCACCACCAGUUCAGCAUACUCCAUCCGUAUUUGCCACAUCAUCGAAUAUGUCAUCUGAACAGGCUAAUGCUGUUACCUCUAGUCUUCCCUGUGAACUUCUGCCAAAACAGGAGGCUAAGACUGCAAAAGAGAUCAAAGUUUGUGAGUCCGGCUAUGCACUCAAAGAGCAAGUCCAAGAAGAUGGAGCUUGUAUAUCAGGAAAUUCACAGAGUGAGCAAGUUCAAGAAGAUAAAGUGCCGUCACCAGACAUGAAAGCGGAGUUCGAAAAACAAAUGACUGAUGUUAAAAGUCCUAAUAGCUCUCUGAACAUGAAAACAGCUGAGAGUGAUCACAAAGCUGUUAUUGACAACCAGGCUGAAGCUAGACAAAGCACAAAUGAUAAAGAGAUUAUGGGUUCACCAGCAAGAGAUGACAAUAAACCUGCACCAUGAGGUGAACUGUGAGAACGGAGGCGCAAAUCAGAAACAGGCAGAUUUGUCAAGCAUGAUAGUUGAUGAAUGCUGGUGAAAAGUUGGAGGUUUUAAGCAAAAAUGAGGCUCGCUUUGAGAUUGAAGGGGAGAAGGUCGAGAACCUGUGCAAGUGAACAGAUAUUUUUUGGGUUCUACGCUGAAUUGUUUAGGAAAUUGUUUGGGCGUAAAUUCAGAUGUUAAAGAAAAAUGUGUAAAUUAAAUGAUGGGAUGAGUAUCUUUGUCAACGGUGUAAAUUUUUUACUCAA